AUGAAUCUGAAUGUUGUAAUCUGCAGAGAGAGCGCUCUACAGAAUGCAGAUGAUGAAGGACAAGCGAGUGCAAAGCAAGUCAGACGCAAACGUCCAGCUGUGACGGAUGAAGCGACAGAAGAGGAGCGGCCCGUCAGACACAGAAAGACCGUGAAGAACAUGGCAGAGGAGCGAAUCAAAACUAAACGGACGAGAACAUGGCAGAGGAGCGAAUCAAAACUAAACGGACGGUGUUUGUGGGGAACCUGCCUCCCAGCUGCACCAAGAAGGAGAAAAGUUCACCCCAAAAAAACGAGUAUUAAUGCAUACAUCGUCUUCAAAGAGGAAGAAGCAGCGGCUGGCGCUCUGAGAAGGAAUGGGCAGGAGAUUCAGCUGGGGUUUCAUAUCCGAGUGGACCGUGUCUCUCGGCACACUGGACUCGAUCAUAAAAGGUCGGUAUUUGUGGGAAAUUUACCGUAUGAUGUGAUGGAGCCUCCGGUGCGCGAACACUUCGAGGACUGUGGGAAUGUGGAGGCGGUGCGUUUGGUGCGAGACAGAGAUUCUGGGAUGUAUAUUAAGUCAUAUUAAAAAAUAUUAACCCUAUACAGGGUACAAACG